AUGGAAGGCAAUGGUGGACAAUUCCUUGCAGAACGUUUAGACCUUCCUCUGUUUAUGACCUCACGUGUACGUUUCCGGAAGCCAAUGGAACCAACGAACCUAAGGAACUUUAUUGUCAAAAAUAAGAACUUAUAUCUCUCAGAUAAUGAAGAUGACAUCAAGGACGACAAGGAUGCCUUUCUUCAACGAAAAUACCAUUACAUUUUUGGCAAGGAGAAAAAAACUAAAAUUUUUGGCUGUAUUACUCCGAAAAGAGGACAAUCUGUGUCUCCCUCAAAAGAAAAAUCUUGGCAGUUGCCUCCGAAUAGAUAUCGCCAGGAUUUCAGGCCCUUUGAGAGUAAGGCUGGUCUCAAGGGAGCAUAUUGGCGUAAGUUGCCCACAACGAAGUCGUUGAAAAGGAAAACUGCCCCAAAGACUAGCUAUCGCCUGUACGAUCUGCCAAAGGAGACCGAGAAAAUGGCUACUCCCUGCCACAGCCACAAAGGACAAUUCGUGUCAAAUGCCCGAGAUAGGAGAGCCACUUCCCGCUGUAUGAUAGGUAAUCCCUUGACGGCCUACAAGGAUCCUUCCGAGCCGGCACCCAAUACCUACAAUCCCCAGGAACCAGGCAAGAGGCGUGGCACACCACUGGAGUCCUCAUCAAAAUUUCUCAAUCCCCACAUUUUUUAUCGUCGAUCCAGUGUCCCCUUGAAACCCAACAGCAUACAUACGCCACACAUCAGCUUCCUUCCUGGGCCCGGGCGUUACGAGACCCGAUAUCGCAAUCUAUGUCCCUGUCCCAGUAACCGCAAAUAUUUACCCCAACUGGAGCUGUUGGUGGAACGUGAAAAACGUUUUAAAUUUCGACGCAUGGCCUACACAAAACUCAAGGCGGAGCAGUUUUGUUCUCCCGAUUGGCGUCAUGUGGCUGGUGGAGGUUUCAAGCGCCUCUUCAAAACCCCCACGGGGCCUCAAAAGCGUACAAUAACCGCGGAGGUCAUUGCCAAGGGCAAAGCUAAAUUGGUGAAACUAUUUCACGAUGCCAAAUAUGUAAAUAUGAUAUUAGACCCGCCUCAUGAUUUGGGGAGUCUUCGUGCGGAACCAAUGCCCCAACUGCCCGUUCGCAUCAUCUUCGAUCGUAUGAUCAAAGUUGUGAGCCGCAAACAGUUGCGUACUAAUCGUAAGCUUGCCUUUGGCUCCAGCCUUGAUCGCUGGACGGAUGAUGAACAACGUCCCACCGUCCUAACGGCGCAACAAGUCAAGGAACUAAAAGAGAAACUGCCACCAGAGAGGAGGUUACGUAACAAACCCAUAAUGACAAAGAAAACCGAAGAGAUCCAAUCCAAGCUCUUGGAGACCCCCAUCCAUAUGUUGCCCAACUAUGUGCCGAAAUUACGCAAACGUUUGUUCAAAUUCUCACCCUUGCCGAAUGCAAAAAUCCUUACCAAUGAUGGCGAUAUUCGACCCGGAGAACCGGCAAAGCAUGGUUACUUUUUUCGCCCACUAAAUGAGAGAUUGUAUUUCAAGGAAGAUAAACAAUAAAUGG